GCCAAUAGCCGAUUUUUAAAAAGGCGUGUAUGACCUAGCUGUUGAAAUGAGUUGUUUGGUUUGAACUCAAAUGUAUCUGUAUAUUGGUUAAAUCAUGAACCAUGAAAAUACUCCAAAAUAUGAAGAUCAAUGGGCAAAUUUUAUACAAUCACUAGACGUCGACCCUGAUAAAGCAAAGGGUAUCGAACAGCUACCUGAUGAUCAGAAGCGUCAAUUGUUGGAAAAUUAUGCUAUAAAAAACCCAAAGUGUUCUGCCUUUCAUUAUGUUAGCCUGAUUAAAGGUUUACGCGUUGGGCGGUCAACAUUGACAAAGAAUCCACGUAAAGGUGAUGCACAACAGGCAAAAGAGAUUCUUUUAGCCACAGAAAUAUCAUUGAGAACAAAUAAUGUAGCUUGGGUUUAUGAUUUUCUCGAUCAAAAUGGUUUAGAGACAUUAGUGAAUUAUGUAUCCAGAGUAAUACAUCUGGUUAUGAGUUUAAAAAGGUUUCAAAAAUGUUCUGUUUUGUCAACUGAUCUUCGUCCUACCCUGGAUAGUAUUCAACAACAACAUUCCGCUCUCCUAGCUUCAUUUGAUUCGAAUCAAGAGGUUUCUGUAAAUGAUCUAUGCGACGAUAUUAAUGAGAGUGACAAAGUCGAAUCUGGUUUAUGGUGCUCUAGUUUUAGGAAGAAAAAACAUGAUCGCGUUUCUUUCUCACCUGCUCAUGUCCCACACAUAUCUGAAUCGAUCAGAGAUAGUCUUCAUCAAGGUGUCAGAUGCUUUCGUGCAUUACUUAAUAAUCAGCGUGGUUGUUCAAUGGUAUUUGAGCAUCCUCGUGCCGUAAAUGUUAUCGCUUUAUGCCUACUACAUCCAAGCUACCAAACAAAAACUUUGGUGCUUGAACUUCUAACUGUUGUUUGCUUAAUCACUGGUGGACAUGAACGUGUAUUGAAUGCAUUUGAUAAUUUUAAAAAAGAAGUUGGCGAAUCAACACGUUUUGAAUAUUUAGUACAUUAUUUUUUUACACAUGAAUCUGAAUCUCCAGAUUAUUACAAUAUGGAUUUUAUGGUAUCGUGUAUGCAAUUUUUCAAUAUCGUUGUACAUUCAACAGAUGACAUAAUGUUAAGAGUAUAUUUACAAGAAGAAUUUAAACAUCUUGGAUUAGUGAAUUAUCUGUCGCGUAUAUACACUAAAGUUGGUGAUCGUCUACUACGUCAAAUUGAAGCUUACAAUGAUAAUGAAGUUGAUGUUGCUGUUCUAUUAGAAGAUUCACAAAUGCGUGAUGUAUUACAACAAGAAAAAGAACAAGCUGAAUCCGAUUUGAUCAGGUUACAAACUCGUACAGCUACAAUUCAAACGGAAUAUGAACAUAAAUUAACGCAACUUCAACAGAAUAUACAAACUUUAGAAAUAAAAUGUCAAGAUUUAGAGAAUCAGCGUGUUAAUCAAGAUGGUCAACUGUCUACACUACGUGCUCAAUUAUUGGAUAAAGAUAAAACUACAACAGAGCGUGAACGUAAUCUACGCGAACGAUUACGUGAAUUGGAAGAUAAUUUGAAUACAGUGAAAAAUUCACAAUUGAAAUCACCAAUUCAAGUAAACGGCGUAAUUGAUAACUCUGCUAAAUCAGUGAACACAAUCGAUGCUGAUGUUGUUGCUGUUACUGCUCCUCCCGCUCCCGCUCCUGCUCCUCCUCCCCCUCCUCCUCCACCGCCGCCGCCGCCUCCACCACCACCACCACCAUCUGCAGGCGGCGUACCACCUCCACCCCCACCGGGAAUGGGUGCUGCAGUGGUUCCUGGUGCAGAAGGUGUUGCUAUACGACCGCCUAUACAAACUCGUUACAAAUUACCAUUAGUUAAUUGGGUUUUAUUAAAAAAUCAACAACUUCGUGGUACAAUAUUUGUUGGCAUGAAUGAUGAAGCUGUGUUGGAUGCAUUGGAUACGGAAAAAUUUGAAAAUCUAUUCAAAUUAUCUAAUCAAUCAGUGAAUAAUAAUAAUAAAUCAAGUGCAAAUAAUCUAGUCAAUGGAUUAGAUCAGAAAGAUGGUCGUCCCAGUAAAAAAGUAGAGAAAAAAUCUUUAAUGGAUUCAAAUAGACAUCGUUGUAUCGGUGUGUUAUUACGUUAUUUAGAAUCGGAAAAAUAUACACCAGAACGUUUAUGGAAUGAUAUUAAUCGUUUAGAACUAGGUCAAGAUGUCACUGAUCGUAUUUAUCAUCAAUUGCCAACAGCUGAUGAAAUUAAAACUUAUCUUAAUUAUGAAUUCACUGAACAACGUCCUAUUGAUGAUUUAACUGAUGAAGAUCGUCUUUUGUUACAUUUAUGCAAAGUUGAACGGUUAGGACCCAGGCUAGAAAUUAUUUUAUUCAUGAAUUCAUUUGAAGAUAACUUGUCUGUGGUUCAUUCGAAAAUUACCGCUGUACGAUCAGCUUCAUUAGCAUUAAAGAAAAGUUGUAAAUUUAGAGCUAUUUUAGAAAUUAUAUUAGCUUUUGGCAAUUAUAUGAAUAGUUCCAGACGUGGUAUUGCUUAUGGAUUUCGUUUACAAAGUUUAGAUGCUUUAUCUGAUACACGAACUUUGGAUAAAUCAUGGACUUUACUUCAUUUCAUAGUUGAAACAAUUGAAACUCAAUUUCCUGCUCUAAUUAAUUUUGACGAUGAAUUAACCGGUGUUGUAGAAGCAGCAAAAGGGAAUGAUCGAUGUUUAAUUCAGAUCUCAAAAAAAAAAUUAAUUUUUAUUAGUAAUCAUCUAUUUACAUGUGUUUUUUGUGAUCUUCCUGGUUUGGAAUUACAGAAACGCUUGGCUCAAGAAGCUCGAUUGGCUAAAAGACGAUUUAAAAAUCGUACUAGACAGAUAACAGGAGAUGGGAUGAUGGAUGAAAUUCUUGCAGGUUUAAUAUCAGAACCAUUACAAGCUGAAGUUCAUCCACGUCGUAAUCGUUUAUCAGAAAAUAUUAAUUGAAAACAAAAACAAAAAAAAUAGCAAACUAUGCUUUCCAAUCCUCUGUUCCACAUUAUUGCCUUGUUUUGUUUUGUUUUUUUUUUGUACGUUUCAUACAUCAUAAUUUUCAAUCAACUUCAUUCAGUUUGUUUGCUUGAUUCAUUUUGAUUGAUUGUUUUUUUUCAUGGUUAGUUUGUUG